CUUCCGUGUGCGGUCAGUUGGACCGACUAGAUUGGCGUGCUGUCUGGACCACACUAUCUCGCGUGCUGCCAUAUCAAAAGGGACUUUCUACUCACACACAAGCGUGCUCGGGUCAAUGAAAAUCUUAAAUCAGAUUCUUUGAUGUUUCAAAGUCUGAAGACGUCAUUUUCUCUGCUGCCGCCUUUCGUCCACCGCGCGUUCCCCCUCGCAAUCAAAACACACCUGGGCGUGCGCAAUACCAGUGUCAUUUUGUUGUUUUAUGUGUGGCCUAUCGCUGUGUCGCGGACAACUCCCGCAGCCCCUGUUUGUGUCAAAGAAAAAAAAGACGGAAACGGAAACGAUCACCACGCACACGAGGCAGAGGCGGUCCAGUAACUCUUUUUCCAGUCAUUUUCUUCCAUCCUUCAACCAUUACCACGCACGCCUUGAGGUGCUGCGACGAGUUUUGCGCUUGUAUCGUGCUCCCUCCUUCUUUCCAUGAGACCAACCUCUGCACUUGCCUAGUCUGCCCACACCCACACCCUUACAAUGCCCGCCACCAUCCUGCAUGAUCGCUACGAAUUGAUCAGCAAAUUGGGUAAUGGCGUAUCAGGCAGCGUUUUCAAGGCCUUGGAUUUGCACACGGACACAGAAGUGGCCAUCAAGAUGGUCAAGCGCAGUGUGGUGCGUGGUCAAGUCCAAGAUGAAGUUGACUACGUUUCUCGUGUACGCUCCUGCGGCAGCGUGGUCCAUCCCCUCGACACCUUUACUUGGCGUAUGAAGUCGUGCAUGGUCAUGAAACUCAUGACCAACGGCAGCCUAUUUGAUCGUAUUCGCCCGGACGCGCCGACACAUCUAGCCCAAGACUUGGCCCGCAGCUGGCUACGUCAAUUGGUGGCCGCAGCGCUUGCCAUUUCUCGUGCUCAUCUCGUGCACGGCAAUAUCACACCCAGCAAAUGUCUGAUCGAUGAGAGCAACGUCCUCGUGCUACACGGAUUCUCCGCCUGUACAGAGCAGGGACAUCGCUUUUUACAGGGCGAGCUGCUGCCCUCCCUCUCCUUCUACGUUGCGCCUGAAUCAUAUCUCGGUAUGCCCUGCUCUGCCAAGCAGGACGUCUGGAACGUUGGGCUUGUUUGGUAUGGCAUGAUCACUGGGGACCUGCCUUGGGCCACCCCCACACGAGAAGAUCCCGACUACGCCGCAUACUUGCAGACGCGGAUGUUGCCAGCCACCUCAGCCAUCCGCGCCCUGCGGCCACGCGUGUACAACAUGCUGGUUCAGAUGCUCGACCCGGUACCUUCGCGUCGCCCACGCUUGGAAGAAGUGGCCAGCUUCCUGCAACACGAGCACCGCUGGUUUCGACGUCAUGCACUGGCUCGCCACUUCCGUCUGGACGAGCCCAGCGAUAGCCUUUUGGAUGAGCCACGCGCCGGGGACUAUUCCGUUAUCGAGGAAAGCUUUCGCAAAGUGGCUGCCAUUCGUCGCAGCAGCCAGCGUUGGAGCGUGGAUAGUGGAACUGACUUAAUGUCGCCCUCUCAAUGUGAACGAGCGCUGCCCACGCGCUGCCAUGUGCAGCGCUCCAAUGACUCGACCCAUAGCGUCCGUCUGCAAGCUGAUCACCCAUCAGACCAACCGAUUUCUUCCUCGACCUCGGCUCCCACAGAUGAUAUUGUUUCUGGAUCCGAGCAACGAGACAAAGUUCACGACAGCCCCACCUUGGACCUGACCCUCUUCAAUGGCAUGCGAGUUUCCUCCUUGCCCACCCAAAGCCCCCACCGUCGCUCCUCCCUGGUUGGUGCGCAAUCCCGACGCUCUUCAGCGGCGAGUGCCCGGUCAUCGAUUGACUUUGGCGAAGUCGCCAAGGUUCGCAUCGCGUAUCUUUGA